UUUUGUUAAAUCCUAGGGGAAUACCCGCUAUUCUCCAAUGUAAACAUCUAUCUUGCAGUACAUCAUAACAAAAUAGUGAGUUAAAGAAAAAUGGGAGUAAUAAACUCGAAGAGAAAGUUCUCAAUAAAGAGAAUUAAGAAGAAAAAGGCGCGUAAAGAGCAGACGACCGACACACUAGAUGAACCAGUUUACGAAGAGAUAGGUCUCGAACGUGAAAAUGACGCUAGAAAUGCAUCAGAUGGAAGCUAUAUUUCGGUACCAUCUUUAGAUUCUGCGUUCUAUGAAAGAAGUCCGAACACAACUCUAAGAAGCAACAGCUCUCUUUCUUCUUUACUUUACGAUGAACCGGAAGUGUCUGUGAGCAGUCGCUCGGCAAGGUUAUACGAUGGUUACCCCUCUUUAGGGACUAUCAAAAGGUUAUUCGAUGGUUACCCCUCUUUAGGGACUGUCAAAAGAGGUGGUGAUGAUGACGACGACGACCACGACGAUGAUGAUGCCCAUACUUACGUGUCAGAUAUGUCGCUAAGGGACACAGACAGCGACAGUACCUCGUUAAAGAAAUAUGUUCCAACUAAAACAAGAAACGGUCUUGGCAGACCAUACACAUCGUCUGUCCCUCUUGACGAUGUACCCUAUAUGGUUGAGGCUUUUCAACCAUUGCUGGAGCACACCAUUGAUGUGACGGAAGUUGUUCCUCACAUUCCAUUUAUAGAUGCACAUGAGUUUUUAGGUGGCGAUGACGCAGCAACAAAAGUGAAUUUAUUGAUAAAAAGGAUUAAAUCUUGUGAUGAACCUGGUAAAUGGCAAGCGUUUCUUCAUGCACUAAAUCAAGCAGAGUACGAAUAUAUAGUUAGUUUACUUCGAGGGGAGACAGAAGACGACCAUUCUGUUAACAGGCAUCUUUUAAAGUUAUUUACUCCACAGAUCAUGAACAGAAUAGAUCCAGAGGAGUUUAUUGACCAUCUUUUCGAGAAGGGUGUGAUAAAUGAACGCGACAAAGAAGAGGUCAGAUGUGAAAAGGACAGAAGAGGAGCGAUAGCAGCAUCGUUUAUGUUGUUACAUAAAGUACCAAGACGUGUGACUAACUGGUUUGCGGUGUUUCUUAACGUCCUCGAAAAUUGCGGAAUGGAAGACUUGAUCCCACAAUUCAAUAUACCCGAGAUUUCUGUCGCUACAAUGGAUUUAGAUCAGGAAAAUGAACUACUUGAUGAAAACAAGUAUUAUAUCACACCAACAAAUGAUAAUUAUGAUGAAGAUAUAAUGCAGACAAAGGUGCCUUUUAACAGGCCGCUCCAAGAUCGUAAGAGGGCUAUUAAAUCUUCACCUAAACGUACACAGGCGCCUUCCAUCAAGCCCCCACCACCCCCGGUGCGUGUUUCUCCUAUAGUUGUCCGACCACACAGCCGUCCAAAGACUCAAAUUGAACUGCUCAAAGAAAAGAAAGAUGCUCUUCAGCGAGAAAUAGAAGAAAAGCGCUUGAUAAGACUGUAUAGGCGGGAAGUUAAAGCACUGCAAUACGAGUUGGAAAAGUUAAAAAAUUCUGAUGAAACUGAUGGAGAAGAAGAUGAAAUAGAAUCAACAGACGAAAUGUCAAGAGAAGAACUUGCAAAUGAUGUUUCCAACGGAUAUGUGAUCGAGGAUAUUGAAACGGAGAACCUCAAUAACGAGGAAACCAAUGAUGAAAGAAUAACAGAACCACCAAUUGACAUUGGCCUUGAACAAAUUGAUAUAGAGAAUGAACAAGAACAAGUUAUAGCUGAUCAAAUACAACAAAUAUCUGCACUUUUCACAGAAAUGAGACAUGAAUUAAAGAACGAUAUUUUAGCGAUGAGAGAUCACGUAACAGAGACUGUACUGAAUUCCGUGUUAGGUUUAAUUUCUAAAUCCGCUUCUACUGAAGCUGAAGGAAACGGGUACGUGAUGGUGGAAAAUGAACAAACAGUCCUGCCGUAUAAAAGGCAACUAUACAGUACUUCAAACAAAUAUAUGCGUGGAUUGAUGACUCCAAAAUCACAUUCUAUGCAAACAAAUAUUUCCAUGGAUUCAGCCAUGUUUAGCGAUCUAUCUUAUGUGUAAAUAAAUUGCAUCUUUCUCAGUGAGUUUUUUAAGAGUCUGUCUUGAUAAAUCAGACUAAAAGAUUUUCUAAAUUGUUGAUACAAGUUUAAAAAGUUCAUGAGUGACAGAGUCACGUAGCUACAAAGUAUCACAACAAUUUGACACCAGUCCUAUAGAAUGAGCAAAAUGGUAAUGAGAGUUCAACCCCCGCUACAUAUGACUAAACUUACUAACAAGUUUUUCGGGUGAGACUUUUAAAAAUCGAAGUGCCGUGUAAUAUAUGUUAAAACGCUUGCAUUAGUUUUAAUAGUCUCCAAAAAUAAAAUUGCAUGGGUUUCAGUUGUGGACUGUUAAAUGAAGGUGUGUCAUGCAUUUCAUAUAAAGCAUUUUGUUCAUCAACCUGCGGGGCUUCUUGACUUCACUGUAAUGCUUGGGAGAUGUGCAUCUAAUAUUCAAACGGAAUAAACACGGACAUAUCGGGGGUGUUCCGGUAUUUCAGUAGUGUUUCGGUAUUUCGGUUAGUCGUGUGACCCCGGACAUAUGACCAACCUUUUAGAAUGUUUUAAGCAUGUGUACUAAGGAUGGAUCUCUUGCAUUUCAGUUCUUCCAUUCAUAUAUAUUAAUCACCUUACUUGAUCAGCAUUAUAUUUCUUACUGUCCAGUUCGGUUUAUGUUUUCUAAUACAUAUAGAAAAUAUAUCAAUAAAUUUGAAGCAAGCAUU